AACAGCUGGCCGCUGAACUUGGCAUUUUGUGGGUUUUUGCUGAAAUUUUAUUCAACAAUUUGAAAAUCUAUAAUUUCCUGAGAAAAUGAAUAUAACAAAUACAGAGGAAUAUUCGAAUCCGGAGAAGAAAUCGCUUGACAAGCUUGUAUUUCGGAUAUCGGCUGAAGAUGGAUUACCACCUCAAACAAUUCCUGCUUUACACAAACACUGGGCACGACGGGUAAAUUUUUGUACAUAUGUAGGACUAAUGACACAAUAUGGUCGCGUUAAAAGUGGCGUUGAACUAGAGGAAUGGCAGUACAAUGCAAACCUAUUUUCCAAAGAUAUGAAUUUCUUGCUAAAUUGCCACCAUCAUGAAUUUUGGUCAUAUAUGGUUUUUCAAAAGACG